AUGCCGACGUCUCGGAUGAGCAAGUCGUGCGACCAAUGCCGGAAUCGUAAAGUCCGGUGUCUUGUUCCAAUCACGUCCCCGGGAGAACCCGUAGCGUGCACUCACUGCGUUAAACGAAAUGAGACCUGCAGAUUCGGAAAGGCGAAGGAAAGGCCUGUAAGGAGGACCGUUCAAUUGAAUACCUAUGCACCACCAACGAGUUUGUUCAUAGAUCGUUUGUUUGAAAAUCCAUCAGAAAGGGCACCUCUGUAUGAUGAAUUCUCCGUCUUAAGGGCCGAUGAUAGACGCGUGCCAAGCUCCGGGCUUGCAUUUUUCUCAGACAAAAAGGUUGAAUCGCUUGUGAAAAGAUUAGGGAACACUGAAAUAAGAGACCUUGUCCAUCAAAUCGACAACGCAAUCAGACUGCGAUUGCUGGCUAACUCUAACAACGAUAUAACCUCCGUGAAUAUUGUGCGACCCCUGGCCUUCGAGCAGCCUUCGUCGGCUGAGCUUAAAAGCUACGCGAACAGCUACUUUGAAAUUGUCCAUCCCGUGUUUCCUUUUUUGGAUCGAUCGGACUUUGAGGGAAUGAUUAAUGAUGUCCAGUUGCCUCAAAUUUUGAAUACUGAUUCCGCAUUUUGCGCUCUUUUUUAUGCCGUAAUGGCCCUGGGAUGCCAAUAUCAUGGGCGCGGUUCAUUUCAGCCGGGCGUUGGUGAAGCCUGGAAGUUUUUUCAAAUAUCCUUCAGCUAUGUACCUCGUGUUAUCACAAGCCAGGAAUCUCUGCCUACUCUUCAGGCUCUCAUUGCAAUGGCAAUUUUUGCCAUGAAUACGUGCUCACUACAGAUUGAAAAUUUCCUAAUAGGGGAGGCCAGUCGCACUGUUCUUGCACUUAGGUAUCACAAGUCCAUCCUUAUCGAUGCCAACGCUGCUACUUGCUACCGAGCAUUUUGGGUGGUUUAUCAUAUGGAAAAGCAGUACAGCUUUCAAGCAAGAAGUAGUUCGACCAUCAUCGAUCUUGAUGUCGGAUGUCAAAUUCCCCCAGUUCCAGAAUCUAUUGUCAAAGGCUUCAAUUGGUUCAUGGCCUCUAUCCGCAUCAGCCGAAUAUUCUCCAUCGCUUAUGAUUCUCUUUUUUCUGUGACUGCUUCCACUCAACCCGCCACGUCUCUGCUUCUGGCAGUUGACCAUAUUCAAAGGCUGUUAGAAGAUUGGAGACAAUCAAUUCCUCUUAUUUACAGACCCAAAGAGGUACUACAAAGACCUUUUCUUGCUGAUAUGGGCACAAAAGAGAUCACCAUCCGAACUCACUUCUAUUAUUUUCACCUCAUCAUCGCACUUGAGCGAAUGAGGCUUCACCUCAGUCCUGACAAACAGAAAGCAUAUGAGAGUCUACAGACCAUGCUCAAUGCGGCAACAACGGUAGUUGAGCUCACUCGCUUCAUUGACGUGGAGCCUUAUACGCCCGUCUUCAUCCUGGCUAUCAUGCCACUGUCUGCUCUCUUCAUACUUUUUGAUUUCGUCAUUCACUGCCCUGCUCACUCGGACAUCCGGAAAAAUCUGAUUCUGCUAGACAUUGUGUCUGGCCAUUUCAGCCUCCUUGAGCACGCGUCUUGCGGAUCAUUACCUGGGAAUUACUUGUCUCGCUUUGCGCAUAUUGCAAGACAACAUGUUGAAAAUGUCGCAAGCCAACCAGUUGACGAUACCAGGACUGACUCCUCCGCGAUGGUCGGGGGCGAGCAACAUCAUCAUGAUACUUCUUCCAGAGCAGAUAUUUCGGUCGGCGACAAUACAGAAUUGGACGGGACCGCUACGUCGAGUUAUCACUGCAUCAACGACGGGUUUAACCAAGAGCCCUUUACUGGAUUCGAUGCCUAUGGUGAUUCGGCUACCGAAAACGCCUCACCUCAUAGCACCGACAUAUGGCCGAUUCCUCUGCAAAUAGAAAACGAAGCUGGAUUGAGCGCCCUUUUUGCGUCGGCAGUAUCAUGGGAAGAUUUGAUGGAAUCAACUAGGACAUAUACAGGGGAAAAUAAUUAG